AUGCAGAGAUUAAAAAAAGCCUUAGAGUUUAAUUACAUCUUAAUGGUAAACAAGUCGGAUGAAAAUAAAUAAAUAAAUUAAUGUGUUUAAUAAGUGUGUCAUGUAGAAAUCGUGACUAGAUUUAAAGUGACGCUCUCUUGUGGAGACUGUGAACGCAACAGUAAAUAUGUGACGUGUGGGUGGAGCUGUAGGUUCAGACCUGCUGUACCAGCUCUGACUCUGUGAUCGGGGAGUUGUUGCAAAGGAUGCCACCAGUGGAAAACCAUCGCAUGGAAGCAAUGCAGCCAAACGUGUUGAUAUGUUGCUCUUAUUUUUAAUGCAGUUAUUCUAAAUCAUACUUUUACUUCCAUCAGAAGCAAAACCUCAGUAUUUUGGGCCCAUCAGUCGCUUGACCCGGAGGACGACAGACUGAACACAAAAUGCCUGAUAAACUGCCUUCUCCACAAAACUUGCUCUAAACUUCUCUUUAUGGCGUUUCAAAAUGACAGACUCUAACUUGAGGAACGAAAGCAACUAUGGGAUUUAUUUCACUGGCGCUUUCAAUGGAUCUGUACUGGACCAGAUAUUUCCCAACGAAAGCAUCACGACAUGCCCGAACUUCACGAUGGACUCGCAGGUGGUCGGGGUCGGGAUCUUUCUCUCUGUUUUUAUUCUGGUGGCAAUUGUUGGGAACAUUUUGGUCAUCCUGUCUGUGGUGUGCAAUAAACAGUUGCAGACUGUCACAAACUUCUUCAUUGUUAACUUAGCCAUGGCGGACCUGCUGCUGAGCAUCAUCGUGCUGCCUUUCUCUGCCUCUCUGGAGGUUCUGGGGUGCUGGGUGUUCGGCCGGGUGUUCUGUAACAUUUGGGCAGCGGUGGAUGUGCUCUGCUGCACCGCAUCCAUCCUCAGCCUCUGCGUCAUCUCCAUCGACAGGUACAUAGGUGUCAAACACUGCCUUAAAUACCCCACUAUAAUGACAGAGAAAAAAGCAGUUGCUAUUUUAUUGCUAGUUUGGGUUUCGUCCACUGUCAUCUCUGUCGGACCGCUGCUGGGAUGGAAGGAACCGCCGCCUGUGGAUGACAGGAUCUGCAGCAUCACAGAGGAGCCGGGCUACGCGCUCUUCUCCUCGCUCUUCUCUUUCUACCUCCCGCUCAUGGUCAUCCUCUUCAUGUAUUUUCGGGUCUACGUGGUGGCCCGCAGGACUACCAAGAGCCUAGAAGCGGGCGUCAAACGGGAGAGAAACAAGUCGAUGGAAGUGGUCCUCCGGAUUCACUGUCGCAGCGUGCUGGAGGACGCGCGCCCGAGCUCCAGCUCCAAAAGCAGCAAGAACCACCCGUUCCGAAGUUCCCUGUCAGUGCGGCUGAUGAAGUUCUCCAGGGAGAAGAAGGCUGCGAAAACACUCGCUAUCGUUGUGGGGAUGUUCAUCUUGUGCUGGCUGCCUUUUUUCUUCUUUCUGCCCAUGGGUGCCUUCUUCCCGGCAAUGAGGCCAUCCGAAACUGUAUUCAAAGUGAUCUUCUGGUUGGGCUACUUCAACAGCUGCAUCAACCCCAUGAUCUACCCUUGCUCCAGCAAAGAGUUCCAGCGGGCCUUCACUCGCCUCCUCAGGUGCCAGUGUCACCAAAGACAGAGGGUCCUGCGUCGCUUCUACAACCAGAGGUGGCGAACAGCUGUCAAGGGAAUGACAAAGGAUCAGAGUGGAGACUGUAAGCCCAGCUACACUGUGCACGAAUCCUGUGGCAGCUCUUUGUUACACAAGGGGAAAGGGCGCUCGCUCAGUUUUAAGAGAUGGAGUCUGUUUCCACCUCUGCAAAAAUCCUCCUUCCAGCUCAAAGAGAAAGUGAACAAUCUGUCAAAUAAAAUCAAGGCAGGGCCAGGAAAAGGAACCACACCUGCAGUGGGCCGGAUUGAUAUAGUAGACACGGUCUCUAUGGGGAUUUACAACUCCUGUGAGCAGAGCACAUAUCAGUUCUAUGAUCUGGCAGACUGCUAUGGCCUGAAAGAGACUGACAUUUAGAGUGGCCACCAGAGAAUUUUUUAUUUAUUUUCAAAGGGCCAUAUUGGACCAACAUGCAAGAAAGACUGUGAUAGGAUGUAACUUUGUGUCCACAAAACAUCUGAGAAUGCUUGAUGAAAGCUGAGGACUGAGAAUGAUGGCUUGAUCCCAGCACAAACAGGACUAAAACUUUAUCUUGAUCCCUCAUUCCUGUCAUGUUUAUUUAGAUGAAACAUCUUGUGAGCUGCUUAAAGACACUUUUAUUGAAAGUGGACACAGUAGCCAACUUCUUGGACUUGUUGACUGCUGUCACUUGGAAACACUGAGCAUGGACCUUACACAGAACACAGUCGGCAGGCGUACUCACUUUCGUCAAGAAAUUCAACAUAAGCCUCAUAUUUACUGCUUAUCUCUUUAAAUUUUAUAUCGAACAGUCUCUAUGUCUUCAGCUAUUUGCCAGCAGACAUUAUGUGAUGACUGUUUUGUUUGAUAUUCAGCUGAUUUUAAACAAAAACAAAACUACAACUGUAAAGGAUUGGAACAAAUAUUUUGAAAACUCUGAAAUUAGAGUUCAAUUUUUUUUUAUUGUUGCCAGAAUGUCUGGAUUAAAUGAAAUGUAAUAUGAUAUUUCAUCUGCCAUUUUCUGUUUUGACAAGGCAUUGUAAAGAUAAGAAGCCGGUUAAGAAUAAAGAUGCUGCACAGUAUUUAUUCUAACUGUUGGAUUUAUGAGUUAAUUUUACAUUGAUAUGUACACUUUGAAUAAAAACCCAUGUGUCUUCUUGGCCUACCUAAGUGUAAUUUGUGUUGACAAGUGAGUGCUAAUGUGAAAUGAACAUGCUUUUUUUUUUUCUAUUUUCUGAUGUUAUGUUUGUUUCUGUAAAAUGAAAAGA